CGUUUUGAUUUACGUACAAAUCCAGCUCUUAUGACAAUAGAGCCAAUUCAAGCAGAUGAUGCAGGAGAAUACCGUUGUAGAGUGGACUUCCGUUGGGCAAGAACACUCAACAACAUCAUGAAAUUGCAAGUCGUGGUUCCUCCCAAAGACGUCUUGAUAUUGGACGAAAACCUCCAACCACUUUACAGAUUAAUAGGGCCAUACGACGAAGAUUCUAUGCUACGACUAAAGUGUCUAGCUAAAGGUGGAAGACCUCCUCCGUCUGUGACCUGGUGGAGAGAACUACAUCUUCUUGACAAAAUACACGAGAACGAAAACGAAGAAGAAGUUGUGAACGAGCUUGUGAUUCGUCGUCUCGCCAGAACUGAUCUGAACGCCGAAUUGAUAUGUCAAGUGUGGAACUCGAAUCUUACAUCCUCAAUUAUUGCCACCGUCUUUCUUGACCUGAACUAUAAACCACUAGUUGAUGUAUUUCUUCAUGGAGGUCGAACUUCUCAAGCCGUGCACGAAGAUGACGAUGCCUAUCUUGAUUGCUACGUGAAAGCCAAUCCUACAGUCAAUGAGAUAAACUGGUACUUCCAAGAAAGUGAACUCAAGAGCAACUCUAAAGAUGCAAUAAUAAUUAAUAAUCAAUCUAUUAUAUUGAAAAACGUUAGUCGAAAACAGAGCGGCUUUUAUCGAUGUUCGGCUAGAAAUUCGGAAGGGGAAGGAAAGAGCAAAUCUAUCGAAUUGGAGAUUAAAUGUCCGCCUGAGCCUGUAAUCAACUGUACCUGGGCCAAUGAAACUAGUUAUUUUCUUCUUGUCGAAUGUAAGUCAGGCUACGACGGUGGUCUUCAGCAACUAUUUCAGAUGGAAGUUUACGAUGUGGAUAAAAAACAUCUCCAAAUCAAUCUAACCAGCCACAGUAAACCAGUUUUUCAUGUCUCUGGUCUAACUCCGGGAGCCUCUUUGAUUCUCGUUGUGUAUGCCAUUAAUGCGAAAGGAAGAAGCUCAGCCGUUGAAAUGAAUGUAGAGACAUCUGUGUCCACAGAACGUCAGUUCCGUAAUUCUCCAAGUUCACCUUUAAAACCAUUACUGGGAGUUUUAUUUGCUGGUCUGGCGAUUUUGACAUUCAUAAUUUUCCUAGUUUUUCGGCUCAAACGAAAGAGAAAAGAAAAAGAUGCUCAUGGAGAAGAGCACGUGAAAAAGGAAAGGUAA